CGGUUAGAACAACCGAAGAUUCUAGGGUGCAUUCAAACAUGGAUGAACCGGGACGAACCCUAACGAUUUCAUUGGAGUUCGCCAGAGCCACUGGAUCAAGAUCUAAUACUGAGAGGUCGCCGCCGCUGGCUGAAUCUCAAGAUCAGCUAGAUUACUACACUCGAUGUGAUUGAACUCGAACUCUACAUCAAUGUCUCCGCCAUCUGCGCUGAUCUCCUACCGAUUUGCUCAAAGAAUCGGCCGGAUUACCCGGCCGCGGCUGGCCGAUUCCAGUCUAUCGAAACGCCGGUGAAGAAACUCCAGGCCGUAAUGCGAGCGCUUGCAUCAGUGCCGGCGACGGAAUACCUUGAUUGCCGCCGCUGCAACAAACGGCGGAAACAACUUCACCGAGCUCUCUCCUUCAAUUUCGAUUUCUGUUGAGAAAUCUCUGGAAGGAAAGACCGCCACGCCAGGGCUGGAUCAAAUCCGUAAGUACGAAUUAGAAUAUUGAGAUGAUUGAGGAGGAAAAUUAAUUGCGAGUUCUACAUUUCUUUUUCCUCGGUGAUUUGGAAUGUUUCUGUGAUGAUAAAAUCAUAAUUUAGGCACAAUUAGUUGCAAGUUCUUCAUUCUUUUGGCCAUCUGAACUCUAUGAUCCGACAUUUGAGGAUCACCUUAAUCUCCAUAAACUCUGCUCUUUAUAUAACUCACCAUCUUCUUCAAAAUUCUCUCUGUCUCCACUCACCAAUUCCUCAAACCACAAAGCUUUUUUGAUACAUCAUAAUGUCUGAUGAUGCUCAAGACAAAGCUGACCGUGACCGUAUAUUCAAGCGUUUUGAUACCAAUGGUGACGGUAAGAUCUCUUCAACCGAGCUCGGGGAAUCAUUGAAAACACUUGGCUCUGUUACCAACGACGAAGUUCAUAGGAUGAUGGCCGAGAUCGAUACUGAUGGCGACGGGUUCAUUUCGUAUGAAGAAUUCACAAAUUUCGCCCUUGCCAACCGUGGAUUAGUGAAGGAUGUUGCAAAGAUUUUCUAGAUAAUGUUUUUACACGCUUCUUUUUGUUUGUUUGAUUUCUUGUUCUGUUUAUGUUUCUUUCUUCUUCUUUUUCUUAAAAAUGUAUCUUUCUUGUCGUUCUUGUUUGGAACAUUUUGCAUAAUGGAAAUAUUGUUUUGGAUGUUAAGCUGCAACUUCUUUGAA